UACCGCUGAGGGAAGAUGACUGAACAGAGGUGUGAUUGUUCCGCUUUGCUUUCGACAUCAGAGAGCUCUUGGCUCGCCUCAGCGAGUUAACGGCGACAAGAAGGACCGCCGUCGAGCCGUACAGCUAACGGAAUGCCGUUACACAGACGACAGUCGGUUAUUUGGUAAAUUUCGUCUGACAGACGUCGGGUGAUGCUAAACGGCUCUUCAACUAUUAGACAUUACCGUUAGCUCGUGCUCCGGGCUCGUGGACAGCUUCGGUUCCGUUCGGCUGUUUGCUUCAUGACAGUUUACGUAUUUAUCGGAAAACUAAAGGCCAGGUGUGCAGCAGCCGGUUAGCGGUAGCAGCUUUAUCCGGACCCUCCGGUUGACAGCCACGUCACCUAGCUUAACGCUAACGGCUGUUACACAGGGAGCCUCUGCUCUCGCUUUGUUAUUUAUAUUUUCUCAUAUAAACAUAAAGGCUAUACUUCUGGGACAAUGGCACCUAUGGGUAUCCGACUGUCACCGCUCGGUGUGGCGGUUUUCUGCCUCCUUGGAGUCGGUGUCAUUUACCACCUGUAUGCCGGGGUCAUCUCCAACCGCCUGGCUGCUUUCAGACAGAGGAAGACAGUGGAUCUGAGGGAGCUGCUAGCUGUCUCAGUGGAGGCUGCAGUACUCGGAGGCACAGAGGUGAAGAAGGUCCGCGAUGAAAAUAGCCUGAAGGAGAAGUCAAAGGGCAAGACGAGGGAGGGAGCCAGUGAGUUUCUGACCAUGGGUGACGUGCAGUCUCAUAGAAAGAUGUACAACCUCUUAAGCAACACCUUCCCUGAUGUCACGGUGAACAGCGAGGAACAUGACAACAUGGUGGAUAAGACUGCAGCCUGGAGCCGAGUCAUUCCAGCCGACAUACUCAACAAGGUCGAGGCAGGCAAGGAGGUUCCUGCUGAGAGCGUCACCGUGUGGAUCGAUCCUCUAGAUGCUACACAGGAGUAUACAGAGAAUCUGGUGAAGUAUGUGACCACGAUGGUCUGCGUGGCUGUAGAUGGUAAACCAGUGGUCGGGGUCAUACACCAGCCAUUCACUGGCUUCACUGCCUGGGCAAUUGUGGGUCAGGGCUCAAACAUGCGUCCCCGCUCGUCCUACAGUGUCAACCCUCCCAAGGUCAUUGUGUCACGCUCCCACUCUGGAAAAGUUAAAAGUUUUGUUCAGGACGCUUUUGGAAACAACACAACAAUCAUAGGAGCAGGUGGAGCAGGAUAUAAGGUCCUGGCACUUUUGGAGAUGCCCUCCAGUGAAACAGCUGCUAUGGACCAGGCAGACGUUUACAUCCACGUCACCUAUAUUAAGAAAUGGGACAUCUGUGCUGGUGCAGCGCUACUGACUGCACUGGGAGGCCAAAUGACAACAUUAAAGGGAGAGGACAUCGACUACAGUGGAACACCACUCAACAAAGGAGGACUGGUGGCCAGCGUCGGUGUGGACCAUAAGGCUGUACUGGAGAGACUACCAAAUUGGGAUCCUGAAAAGCACUGAGAGACACAAAUACAGAGCCAUUGCUAGUUUGGUCAGAUUGUGUUGAGAGCAACAUACAGCAGUAUGGAACUGAGAGCAGGCUGCAAACGUUAUUUCAUCAUCGUGGGACACCAAACAUCCACCAAUGUGAUGGAUUGGAGUCACCGGCAUGGGCCACUGACUGAAACCAACAUGGCUACCACGGAAACAACUAUUGCUGACACAAUGGCUCUGAACGCACACUCCUGUACAUGCAUACAUACAGGGAGAAACGGUACACACUCCUUUUCACAAGCAUAUACACACAAACAGUGAACACUGGACAGUUGCCCUCCCGAGUCCCUUCAGACACUCUCAUGACUCUAAUGUGAAAUGUUAAAAUCUGAGGAGCACAAUGCUGAACGUUACCUACUGAGUGACUGAUAAUGCUUCAUAAUAUUUGCUUCCAUCGUCAUGACAUAAGACUCCUGUGAAAACACAUGGAACAACAUGUACUCCACAUAGGCACGGUGUCAUUAAAGUCAGCUUAGGUCAGUUAGUCAAACAAGUUGUCGUGAUUUGAGACGGGAAACAAUGGGCUACAGUGGCCCUAAACAGCCGCUGUAAUAUGGAGUUACUGUUCAUCAACAGACCCUCUAUUCACCAGCACCAUCGUACCACAACAAUUCACUUCACGCUGUCUUGUUGUCAACGGAGGCAGCACAUAAAGCAUUUUGUCUUUGGACCGACAGAUGAGGUGUCGGCUCCGCUAAAAUUCAUGGCAUGUUGAUUUACAGCUCUACUAAAGUCACAGGAUUUACGUUUUGUUGGCCUUGCCCACACCGUGGAUGCAGGUCUCUCAAACUCUGGGUCGGGAGUUUAGGCUUCGGGGUAGUUGCAUUUAUUUGAUCUUCGCUUUGAAAAAUUUAAGAAAACUUGAUUUAGAUAAAAGAGAAAUCCCGGUUCAGUAGUGAAUUAAUUGUAGACUACAUUGUUUUCAAGUCAUGGCAAGGCCCAGAAGGGAUCAGAUUUCCUAAAUUACUAAUAUUGCUAACUAUGUUGCAGCCAGAAAGGUGGAAAAUCAUUUUACAUCACAAUUAAAUCCAGAUUAAAUGGUCAAAAGGGA